UGUUGCAGCUGCUGCUGCUGCGGUGGAAACAAACGUCACCGUCCGUGAACCUUCCGGUCGGGCCGGGUCACUGCACGUGUUAACGUCCGACUCUGCUCAAACUCCCAGAGAUUAUUACUACUAUUAUUGCUGUUAUUAUUAUUAUUAUUAGAAAACAGUUUAAUUCGACUCAGAUCUCAGGAGGCGGUUUCAGUGACGUGACGAGUCGAGUCGCAUCGCUGCCUCACCCCCCGCCCGACGGGAGCGGCGGCGCGUCGAAUCGAGCGCACCCGGCGCCGUGUUUUGUUGUUGUUUUCCAGCGGCGGACCGACCGUGUCCCCGGCCCGUCAGACCGUGUGACUUCUCCCCCCGGGACGUCGACAGCGGACCGACCGGGAUGCUCACGACUCAAAAGACCAGGACCAUGAAGCCGCCGCCACAGACCCAGUCCUCCGCCGCCGGCAGCCUCGUGUUCGAAGGUGUUUACAACAACGCUCGCAUGCUUCACUUCCUGACGGCGGUGGUGGGCUCCACCUGCGAUGUGAGGGUGAAAAACGGCACCGCCUACGAGGGAAUCUUCAAGACUCUGAGCUCACAGUGUGAACUGGCUGUGGACGCCGUUCACAAGCGGAGUGAUGGAGAUGGAGGGGAGGAGGAGGAGGGAGGAGGAGGAGAGGACGACCAGACGUCUGCACCGAAGAUGGAGGAGAUCACCGACACGAUGAUCUUCAGCCCGACCGACCUGGUGACGAUGACCUGCAGAGACGUGGACCUGACCUUUGCUGUCAGAGACACGUUCACCGACUCGUCCAUCAGCUCGUCACGGGUGAACGGGGAGCACCGGGAGAAGGUGCUGCAGAGGUGGGACGGAGAUGGAAACGGAGAAAACUUCGAGCUGGAGUCCGACAUGUCAAAUGGCUGGGACGCCAACGACAUGUUCAAGUUUAACGAGGAGGCGUACGGCGUCAAGUCGAGCUACGACUCCAGCCUCGCCAUGUACACCAUGCCUUUGGAGAGGGGGAACUCAGAGGGUUACCGGCAGCGUGAGGCGCGAGCGGCUCGUCUGGCCAACGAGAUCGAGGGCAGCCUGCAGUACCGCCGCCGCGUGUCUCUAGAGAACGACGAGGGCCGGAGUGAGGAGGACAAGUUCAGCUCCGUGGUCCGAGAGCGGGAGGACCGUUCCAGUCCCGGGUUCUCCUCUGUCAGCAGGGACGGUAAAUACAUUCCCAGGCCCCGCGAUAGCGGCCUGUCCCCCGGCGGCUCAAGGGCCGGAUUGUUGGGUCGGACCGGCGCCUCGACCUCCUCCAGGCUCCCGCCGCCCGGCGCCUCCGGCCGCAGCAGCCCGCUGUCCGUCAGGACGACUUACUCGCCUCAGCAGCCGCAGAGCAGCCCACCCUGCGCCAACCAUGCCCUCCCGCACUCACUGUCGCACCCACAGGCGCUGACCGACGCCACCCGCUCGUCUUUUAACGGAGUUGCGUUGAGAACUUCCCCGAAAUCCCAGAGACUUCAGAGCAACAGAAACCUGCGGAACCCGAACUGUCAGUCGACUCCUUCAGCGUCCCGUACUCCAAAGUCAGACGCCCCCCUUCCCAAGGACCUCCCCCUGGCCGCCACGGUCUUCCUGGACUCCUCCCCCGCCGCUGCCGCAGCCAAACCCUCCGGCCCCACGCCGCUGUUCCCCGUCGAUGUGAAUGAAAUCCUGAGUUCAGCAGCUAAAGAGCGAACGGAGAGUCAACAGGAAGUCAAGAGCAGCAAAGCUCCGACGGUUCAACAGAGAUCUCAGCUGGAGGAGCUGCGCAAGUUCGGGAAGGAGUUCAGGCUGCAGCCCAGCUCCUCCUCUUCCUCAGCGAGUCCAGCAGCUGCUGAUCCUCCUCACCCGCCUCCCCCCUCCUCUUCCUCUUCCUCGUCCUCUUCCUCCUCCUCCCCCGGCCCACCUAAACCUGCCGCCUCCUCUAACCAAGAUCAGACCUCAGAGGCAGCAGCUGCUGCUCCGCCCGGCCCCCAGGCCUCAGGGCCCGAGAGAGGUCCACCCGGGACGUCCCAGCCACCUGCGACCGGCGGCGGCAGCGAGGAGCCUGGUGCAGGACGCGGUGAACAAAUGGAGGUUGCUGCAGCGCAAGUGAAAAACUCAACUCUGAAUCCGAACGCCAAGGAAUUUCUUCCCAUCAAAGGAACUCCAGUGACGAAGCCGCCGCCGACCCCCACGCCUCCUCGCCCGACGCCCCCCAGUCCCUCUGUGGUGCUGCAGCAGCCCCAGGGGCAGCAGCAAGGGGGCGGCGCCAUCUACAGCAGCCCGCCCACACACUACCUGUCCUACAUGAGCCCCUUCCCCGUCCAGGGACACGCCCUCCAGGCUCCUCAGCUCUACCAGUACACCAUGUCCACUGUGAACCAGGGGAAGUACCCCAGACCCAAAGGUCCCGUGGUGGGCUCUCGUCCGGAGCACCACCCCUCCCCGGCCUCCCCCAUGAUGUCGGCCGCCGCCUCAGCAGCCGGACCCCCGCUGGUGGCGUCUCCGUACCCUCUGUCCUACCUGCAGUACGGUCAGGUGAUCCAGGCCAUGCCCCCCCACUACCAUGCACAGACAGUUUACUCAAUGCUGCAGGGGGGCGCCAGGAUGCUGACGUCAGGGGCCCCUCAGCAGAUGGGUCCCGGCCCCCAGUACCCCGGUCAGGCUGAGGGGCCCCAGGGGCCACAGCAGGCCCUGUACGCUGCUCAGUCGUUCUCUCACCACUCGGCCUCCAUGCAUCACCCUCAGCCCUCCAGCACCCCCACCGGGAACCAGGCCCCACCCCAACACUCAGCCCCCAGCCCGGGACACCCUCAGUCGAGUCCGGCCGGACCUCAGCCUCAGGCCAUGUUCCACUCCGGAGGUCUGUCGACUCCGGGCCACACGUCCCCACAGGCCUCCUACGCGCUGCAGGGCUACGGCCUCCCGGCCCACCAGACGCUGCCCCACGGCUUCCCGUCAAUCAGCCAGCUCACACAGGCUCACGUCACAGGAGGCAUGUCGGGCGCUCACCACUCGGCGGGCCACGCCCCCCCGCCCGUCAUGCUGCACUAUGCUCCCCAGCAGCAGGGUGGCGGGUCCAACCCCCAACACGGCCCGCCGCCCCAGCAGGGGGCGCCGCAGCACUUCUACAUCGGACCACACCAAGCUGUUCAGGUUCAGGCUCACCCGACCCAGCAGCUGACCUUUCACCCCUCUGCCAACUGACCCGGCCGCAGCCGGAGUCAGGAGAGACGACGACGACAGCAGAGUUUCCCCCCGAGCAACUCUUCGCAUUCCCGCCUCCCAAUUUUACCACGUCCUCUGUUUUUACCCCUCAUCUUUUAGAGAAGAUUUCCUGGAUUUUAAUCCGUGAGCACAGACUCGUUUUCACACGACGACGACGAGCUGGAGCCGGACUGAAGACGUCGACUGGUCGAGAGUUUUGAACUGACGACAGCGGAAACAGUGUUUUUAUUUUAUUCCCUCUCCCUCCUCCUCCUCCUCCUCCUCCUCCUCCUCCUCUUCCUUUUACAGAUGAAACCAGUUCAUUAAUAAUAAAACCACUGAGAAAAAAAAA